UGUUGAUGAUGCGUCCGUGCAUGCAGUGUUGAUUUGAGGUGAAAAUUUGACCUGGCCGAUGCGGCAUGUUUGAUCUUUGUCCACACCAUGAUGCCACCAGGUACUUCAUGCUCCAGCCAGCGGCCAACGAGUUCAAUCAUUGCAACGACUGCCCUUCAGGAUAUACCUGGACAAUGCGUAGCGCGGGCGAUAUCUUUCCUGGGAGGAGAGCCCGAUAAACUCACAGAAUGGUUGGCGCUUAGAACCACCAAGAUCGCCUUGUGGCGUCAAGGUGUUGAUGAACCAGAUGUACUUGCAGCUACUGCGGAAGUUAGAUUCUUGGGCGGUGAAGAGUCAAGGCACUCACCUCACGCUCGCUACGUAACGCAACUCCUUGCACAAAUUGCUUGGGAGGUCGAUCUCCUCGAGGAUUUGGCACCAAAAGCAGCGUCUACAGUAUCAAAACCACAGUUAGUCGAGGACACACCAUCCAUGACAGUUCGACCAUCAAACAAGACGUCUACACAAUCUAGAAGGCCAGCAUCUGCAGGUCGACCUGCCAAGAACCCAGGCGGCCCAAGCAACCUGGACAGGGAGGCCAUUGUCCUUGAGCGUUGGGAGAAGAAACUUGCUUUUGCUUUCCACUUGAAAGCUCAACGCAACAAGGAGGUUGAGAUAAAAGCACGAGAACAGAAUUCCAAGAUAGAAGCUGUGAGAAAGAUGCAUGCCAAACUCUUGAAAGAGAGUGAAGAACUUCAAUACAAUAAAUGGCAAGGACGAACCAAAGAUCAUGACGACAAAAUUGCCAGGAGCAGGUGUGCGAAGCGAGAGAUAUGUGAGCUGAUGAUGAAUGCUGCUGCUGCCCGCCAAGCUGUCCUGGAAACAAACCGUAGACGGAUAUUGCAGGAGCAGGCAGAGCGACAGGCAAAACGCAUGGAGCAGGAAACUGAGAGGCAGACCAAUGCUGAGAAGAAGAGGCAGGACGUGAGAACUGAAAGAUGCGUCGGCAAGCCACGUUUGCGGGUAGCACGCGAAAUUUCUCGGAAACAAGCUCUGCGUUUGGAAAGGAUUCGUUCUAUGGAGCGAGAAGAUUUGCGGCAGAGACUGCAGUCCAGGUCUCCUACAGCGACUCCUUCUCCACCCAGAAGCCGACCAAGCAGUGCAAGAGCCCAAGGUGGCCUAAGCGGCCCAAGUGGCAGUGGUUUUGUUCCCAUGCCUCCAAGCCGGCCAGCAUCAGCUCGGAGACCUCAUCGGGAGAUUUCAGAAGGCCCUUUGGGGCCUUCAGGAGCAGUGCCGGAUCCAUCUUGCAUCCCUUUGCCCCGUUAUGUGCGGCGCCGGCCAAAUCCGAAGCCUCAAAGCGAGAUGAAAGGCCCACAAGGUCCACAAGGUCCACAAGGCCCGCAAGGUCCACAGCCAAGAAGACCAAGUCCUGAAAGACUGAGACCCGGUUGCAGAUCAGCACCUGCGGGAAUUGCGGUUGCACGCGGGCAAGCGGUGUACGAUGAAAAUACCAUAGAUCCUCUUGGGCUCUUUCCUAUGCGUGGGCUUCGAUGCGUCGACGGCGACACCGUCCUGGAAAUCAACACGUUGGAUGUUGCAGACUGCUUUCGCGACUUGGUUUGUUGGGCAUGGGAGGAUGGCUCAACGCAAGAACAUGGAGUAGGGACGACCUUUCUAACCGCCUUGGGCUGCGGCAAGGUGGAUCUGGAUCCCCCUGAUGGUUCUGAGAGCUUGGAGCGGCCAGAGCUCGAGGUGAGAGAGAUGAGACAGGCCACGACAACCACUGAAGGGACCGAAGUGCAAGUCUCGCAGGCGUUCUGUACAUGUGAAGCGGAUCAAGCGGAUCAAACGAUUCAAGCGGAUGAUCAAGUGGAUCAAGUGGAUCAAGUGGAUCAAGUGGAUCAAGUGGAUCAAGUGGAUCUUUCAGAUUAUGGGCUCAGCACCGCAGAAGAUCCACAUGGUCGCGCAGACAGCAUCCCCCAGACGCAUGCGUUUGACAGGCCUGAAAGGGUCCAACUUACAACAUCGAGUUCGAACAGUUCAUCCACGGAUUCUUAGCCCCAGCCCAGUGGCAAAGCCAUUCUGAGACUCACAGAGGGAUGGGCAGUCUCUUUCUCAGUCUUGCGUCAGAACCUGCCGGAACCUGCCAGAACUCCUGAAUUUGUGCCGGAUGUUUGGUCCUGCUGAUUUGUGCAGUUUGGAGGCCAUGAAGGCCUUGGAAGCAUUUUGGACAUGAAAUUCGUUGCCAUUGCAUUGCCAGAUGAUGUUGUGAAGUCGCAUUUUUGUUGGUGCAGCCCAAAAAGGGAAUGCACCGUUUCACCAAAGUGAUGUGGGAUGCAAAGCUGCAAAUGAAAGGAAGCGACUGAGAACGCUCAAA